AAACUUUAAAACAGGUCAAUUAACCCACCGGACGACAUGAGGGUUAGAAGUGGCAGUGCAGUGCUGGAUUCUAGGUCCUUAAUCAAAGGCAGCCGUAGAUAAAUGAGUCUUUAACUUUGAUUUAAAGGAGUUGAGAGCUUCAGCAGUUUUCUAGAAGUUUCUUCCAGAUAUGUGGAGCAUGAAGCUGAAAGCUGCUUCUCCAGUUUGGUUCUGACUCUGAGGACUGAGCAGAUCUGUAUCAGCACUGACAAAAUGGAGGCUCAACAUGGAGUAUAUAUAGUUUACUUUUUCCAUUUUUACAGCUUCUACUGCUCUGCCAAAUGCUUCACCAUGCUGAAUGUAUCUUCCAAAAACUUGCUCCUCUGUAUGCUGCAUUUAUUUUCUCACUCGACUCUUUCUUGUUGACCUCCAGUUUGUUUCGGUCUCUGCUCUGUAAACCUCUCACAGUUCAUCUAGAGAGCGACGGAUAAUUUUUUUUUUUUGUCGCAUCUAAAUUUGUCAGCACUUUUUUGUGACGCAGCAGUAAGCACUAUUUUUGUUUUUUGUUUGUUGGACAGAAUCUGCUGCAAAUGGAUGAUUUCUGGCACUUAAAAAGAAGAGAAGUAUAGAGUACGACUACACCGCAGAAGAUCUGAAAACGCUUCUAGACAUAAAGGAACAAAGCCAAAUGACAGAACAAUGGAUCAGCAGCAGAACCUGGUGGUUGAUGAAGACGCCUCUGAAGCUUCUGUCACCAACUCUUCGGAGACGCCAACAAUGAUCGACUCUGACGAACCCAACCGUCUGUCUGUCACUCCUGCACAAUCGACGAUUCAGCCUCAGAACGGCCCGGACUCUUCUGACGACGUUUUGAUGCUCAUCCACAAAUGGGAUCAGCGCCGCAGCACCGUCUUCCUGCUGAAACACCCGAGCCUCCAGAUCAGGAUGAGAUCGAUUCUCCUCGACUGGCUAAUCGAGGUGAGUGAAGCCCACACUCUACACAGACAGACCUUCUACCUGGCUCAGGACUACCUCGACCGCUUCAUGUUGAAGCAGAACAACAUAGAAAAGGGAGUUCUGCAGCUCAUCGGGAUCACCUGCCUGUUUAUAGCGUCAAAGAUGGAGGAAGCUUGUCCUCCAAAGGUCUCUCAGAUGGCCUACGUGACGGAUGGAACCUACUACAAAGAAGAGAUUCUUCAGAUGGAGCUCGUUAUUUUGAAGACAUUGACAUGGGACCUCCGUCCUGAGACGCCGCUGUCGUGGCUGAAGUACUACUUCCAGCUCGCAUCCAUGAGCCCAAACUCAAACCUGCUGGAGCCGCAGUUUCCUCAAGACGUUUACCUGCUGAUGACUCGACUUUUAGAUCUGUGCAUUCUCAACAUAGAGGCUCUGAACUUCAGGUCUCAGGUGCUGGCUGCCUCUGUUCUGUGUCACUUCAUACCUCUGGAGAGAGUUGAGAAGGCUUCAGGUUUGUCCAAAGCCGUCCUCCAGCCCUGUCUGACCUGGAUGGCUCCCUUUGUGGAGACUGCUGGUUGUACUGGUAACGUGGUGCUGAAGGAGUUCACCGGCGUGGAGCCAGAAGACCGACACAACAUCCAGGCGCACUCGGACUACAUGGCCAUGCUGGACGCCGCCAGUGAAAAGAUCCUGAGCGGUCAGUUUGCAACUCCAUAGCGCAGAGAAAACCCACUGAACCAAAGGAAGACGGACAAACGAAGAGCGUUAAAGAAAAACCAACACCGAUUCUGUUAAAGAAAAAUGAAAUCCAGUCUGACUGGGAGAAAACGUCACGACUGCAAACUCUCCAGCAUUAUUCAGGAUGAUGAUGAUUCUGUGUUUUAAGAGACUUAAAUCUUGGCCAAAGCUUUUUUUUUUUUUUUUUUUUUUUUUUUUGUCUUAAUGUUUUUUUGGGAUUUUUUUUUCUAGCUUUAUGUUGCAGAAAAUGAGAAACUGUAAAAAUACAAGUGUCAAGGUUUAAGCUGAAAAUCAUUUCUAGGAAAUGAUGAUGUGAUGUGCAAUUGUCUUUACUUUUUAAAUGUUCAGAGGAAAUGUUUUGCCUCCUUCAGGGUCGGAUGAUUUUA